AUGAUGGCAGCAAAUAAUUAUUUUGGGUUUACUCAUGGAGGAACCCAAUACGGAGCGGCAACGGCUAGUGCGGCCUACGGCGGGCAGACUGGAUAUGCCGUAGCUCCAGCUGCGACCGCCGCUACUUACGGCACCCAGCGCGCCGCGGCCACAGGAUACGACACUGCAUACCAGGCGGCAGCGGCCACGCAAGCGGCUCACGCGCACGCGCACGCGGCGGCUGCGGCGGCGUCGGCCUACGACGCCAGCAAGUCGGCCUACUACCAGCAAGCUGCGGCGGCCUACCCUGCCGCCGCACCGCCUCAACCGCAGCCCACUUACGACGCCACUGCCGCCAAACCAGCAUAUUCCACUCCAGCUACUUACGCCCAGUGUACUUCCAUGUACGCGCAGGGCGGGGCGCGCGCGGGCGGCGGCGGCGCCAAGGCGGCCUACGGCGGCGUCUACACCGCCACCACCGCCGCCACGUCCUACCCCACGCAGGCCUACACCGCCACGCCCGCGCAGCCCGCCAAACGUCAGUAUAUACACGUCAACAUAGAGCCAACCAACAGAGGCAAUACAGCAUAUGACACAGCUCUCUACAACGCAGCCACCAUGUAUGUGGCACAACAAAACAAGACUGGGGGAGGAACUGGGUGGAAGAACUACAAUAAGACUGGCGUCGGCGCAGGUCAGACUAGGCGUCCUAAACCUCCACCCAAGGCACAACAAUUGCACUACUGCGAUGUCUGCCGCAUCUCCUGCGCUGGACCACAGACGUACAAGGAGCACCUGGAGGGCCAGAAGCACAAGAAGAAGGAGGCGGCCGUGAAGCUGGCGGCGGCGGGCGCGGCGUGCGCGGCGGGGCGCGCGGCGGGCGGCGCGCUGCGCUGCGAGCUGUGUGACGUCACGUGCACGGGCGCGGACGCGUACGCGGCGCACGUGCGCGGCAUCAAGCACCAGAAGGUCGUCAAGCUGCACACCAUGCUCGGCAAGCCCAUCCCCUCCACUGAACCCACCAAGCUCUCGCAAGGACUACAUCGAGGAGAUACGGGAGACGACGGCAAGGCACUCAGCUUCAACUGCAAGCUCUGCGACUGCAAGUUCAACGAUCCCAACGCCAAGGAAAUGCAUAUGAAGGGCCGCCGUCACAGACUGCAGUAUAAGAAAAAGGUACAACCGGACCUGGAGGUGAAGGUGAAGCCGUCGAUGCACCAGCGCAAGUUGGCGGAGGCCAAGGCACAACGCAUGAUGGUGCGCGACGAGAUGUGGGCCCGGCGACGCAUGCACGAUGGCAUGGAGGAGGAAGACCGUAUGUACUGGGAGGGCGGCAUGGAGCCAUGGUGGGGACGUGGACCAGUACCGCCGCCCAUGCAUCAUCACCAUCAUGGCAUGGGCAUGCCGUACGGCGGCGUGGGGCGGCGGCCCGAGACGUCGGACGACCGCCACGUGCUGGGCAAGCACGCCGACAUCUACCCGCCCGACGCGCAGCUGCAGGACAUACAGCGCGCCGUCUCGCACACCGAGAAGGCGCUCAAGUCGCUCUCUGACGCGCUCGCUGAACAGGCCAAGCCCAAGGUUGCUGGUAAAGCUACUAAACCUGAAGAUCAAAAAAUUGAGAAACCAGAAGGGAAAGAGGACGGUCGGGACAAUCAGUUGUUCUCGUUCGCGUGCGAGGGCGAGGGCGGCGCGGGCGGCGCGGGCGCGCGCGCGCUGAAGGGCGCCAUGCGCGUGGGGCUGCUGGCCAAGGGGCUGCUGCUGCGCGGCGACCGGCGCGUGCGCCUCGUCGUGCUGUGCCACGACCGCCCCACCGUCACGCUGCUCAAGCGGGUCGCCACCGACCUGCCCGCGCAUCUCAACAAGGUCAAGGUGGAGCUGCAGGCGGCGGAGGGCGCCGUGUGCGUGUCGGACGGGGCGGUGUCGGUGCUGGUGAGCCUGACGUCGGCCGUGAUGCGCGAGCCCGCAGACGGUGGCGACAUAAAGCGAGACGACAAGGAUGUGCUACCGCGGCAGAAGUGUUUGGACGCGUUGGCCGCCCUUCGGCACGCCAAGUGGUUCCAGGCCAGGGCCGCCACGCUGCAGUCCUGCGUCAUCAUCAUCCGCGUCAUGCGCGACCUCUGCCGCCGCAUUCCCAACUGGACUCCGCUCAACCCCUACGCGAUGGAGUUGUUGGUGUCCGGCGUGAUGCAGUCUGCGGGCGCGGCGCUGUCGCCGGGCGAGGCGCUGCGCCGGGUGCUAGACAUGGAGCCGCUGCCUAAGCUGAAGCAUGCGACGGGAGCCUGGAAAUUCCCGCGCAAGCGCAGGCGCUCCAACACUGACACCGAACCUGACACGCCCAACGGUGAAGGUAAGGUUGUCAAGACAGAAGAGAAGAUGGAUGCAUCGGAGAAUCCCGCCAAGAAGUAA